GAGUUUCACACACGUACACAUACGCUGAAAUCACUUACACACACGGCGCACGAACUACAUCAUGUCGCAGAACUUCGGUGACUGGUUCAACCAACUCGGACCCGUCACUCGUGCCUCACUCGUGGCUGCGGUGGGGCUGUCGGCGGCGUCCUCGCUGAACCUCAUAAGCGUCUCAAAACUCAUCUUGACGAGCGAGGCGAUAACGUCGCUGCAGGUUUGGCGCUUCGUGACAGCCGCCUUCUUCCUCGGUAAUUUCUCCUUCCAGUGGCUGAUGACAAUCGCCAUGUUUGUCACCUACGUGAAGAACAACGAGGAGUACGACUUCAAGGACAAGCCGGCAGACCUCGUGUACAUGUUCCUCGUCGUGAUCGCCGCCCUUUCCGCGGUGGGUCUGUACUUUAACCUCUACGUAACAAGCUUUUCCUUCUUGAUGGCCCUGUGUUGGAUCUUCUGCAAGCGCCACCCUGAGCAGCGACUGGAGCUCUUCGGUUUUGCGUUUCGCUCCGCCGUUUUUCCGUGGGCGCUGAUGGCGCUUCACUUCGUCAUGGGGGGCGGACUCCUGGCGGACAUCUUAGGCGUCGUGGCCGGACAUGCCUACAUUUUUUUUAAAGACGUGCUGCCUCUUACGCACCAGCAGCGGUGGCUGGAGACGCCGGCUUGGCUGCUGCGGCGGUUUCCCCAGGCCACAACCCGCAUCACCUCCUUUGGAGCGGAGGUGCACCCUUACGACCCACGCUUCCAAACAGGGCGACGCAACGACGCACCGCAGGGUGGGAGCAGUGGUGGCUCGCACACCUGGGGGCAUGGCAGAGCACUCGGCAGCAAUUAG